CUGCUGCGGCGCUUUCUGUUUUCUCCUUUGUUUCAACCACAUGUAAUCCUCGAUAUCCAUAGCCAAGUCCUAUAGCCACUGAACGCACUCCCGCAUCGGCCGCCGCAUCCACCAUGGCACGGACGCAAUCCCUCCCACUUGUCCCGCUGCCACAUUCGCUCGUCCUCCUCCCAGGCGUCACCUCUCGCGUGCCUCUACAGAACCGAGGAGACAUCGCCGCCAUUCUCGCACACCUCUACAGCAAAGCCGCCACACCGCGUCCAGAAGCCAGCAGUGUCACUGUCGGCUGCGUGCCGCUCAACAGCCAAUACCUCAGUCCAGAUGGCAAACGAUUGCUUGAGGAAGGCCAAGACAAGAGGAAAGCACAGCAAGUCAUCGAACUCGACCCUUCCUCUGCACGGAAGCCAGAUCUCUUCCAAUAUGGCACGCUCGCACGCGUCACUGGUGUUCAGGGCAGGAGACCGGGAGAGUUGAUGCUUGUCGUGGAUGGAAUCCAGAGAUUCAAGGUCGAGAAGGUCACGAGGGAAAGACCAUACUUUGAAGCCAAUGUCCUUCUCUACGACGAGCCUCACGUGGCGGACAAUGAUGAGAAAGUACACACACUCUUCGCAAACCUCAAGCAGUUGAGUCGCGAAUUGAUCGCACUCAUCAGACUUUCCGCACUGCUUCCUCGUGGACCACAGAUGAAUCUCAGUCCCAUUCUCGCCAGGAGGUUGGAGUUGUACAUUGUGAGGAAAGACGUGCAAGAGGCUGGCGUUUUGGCUGAUUUCAUGACCAAUAUCAUCGAUUGCACUCACGAGGACAAGUUGAGGAUUCUAUCCGCGACGGAUAUUGGAGAGAGAUUGACAAGGAUCACGGAGAUUUUGCAGAGGCAGAUCUCGACGAUUCAGGGCAACAGUCGCAUUCUCUCGGUGACUACGACGCCGAAUGCUAGUCAGAGCGCGGUCAUUGAUUUGGAUACGCUUAACAAGUUGAGGCAGGAUCCGAGACUGAGGAAGCUUGGGAAUGGACAAGGUCUGCCCGGUGGAAUGGGUAUGCCACCCGGGAUGGGAGGUAAUGGACAAGGACAGGAUGAUGAGGUGAACGAGAUUGAGGAAUUGAAGAAGAAGUUGGAUGAAGCCGGUCUCAGUCCCGAGGCGCAGAAGGUCGCGGAUCGGGAAUUGAAGAGGUUGGCGAAGAUGAACCCAGCUCAAGCGGAACAUCAGGUUUGCAGGAACUAUCUCGAGAAUCUGGCCGAGAUUCCUUGGACGAAGGUGACCGAGGACAAUCUGGAUGCUGCUACGAUGCAAAAGGCGCGGAAGCAGCUUGAUGAUGAUCACUUUGGUUUGGAAAAGAUCAAGAAGAGAUUGUUGGAAUAUCUGGCCGUGCUCAAGCUGAAGCAGGCUGUUAAUUUGGAUCUGGACAAGCAAAUCGAUGCUAUUUCCAAGGCUGCUCAGCCUGUUGAGGAGCAAGCUCAAGAGGCGUCGACCAUCAAUGGCGAGGAAGAUGUAGCGCCGUCUACUGCGCUUGUCAAGAAGGAGCCUGAGAAAGCACGAGAACAGUCCAGAGAGGAGAUUGAUUUACUCAAGCACAAGAAGAUGGUCGACAAGAGUCCGAUUCUGCUCUUGGUUGGUCCACCUGGUGUCGGUAAGACUUCUCUUGCCAAAUCAGUAGCCACUGCGCUUGGUCGUAAAUUCCACCGCAUUUCGCUGGGUGGUGUUCGCGAUGAAGCCGAGAUUAGAGGUCAUCGCAGGACGUAUGUCGCGGCCAUGCCUGGUCUCAUCGUCAAUGGACUCAAGAAGGUUGGCGUGGCAAAUCCGGUGUUCCUACUGGACGAAAUCGACAAGGUUGGCUCUGCUUCCAUUCACGGCGACCCAUCAGCUGCUAUGCUUGAGGUCCUAGAUCCUGAGCAGAACUCUACCUUCGUCGACCACUACGUCAACAUUCCGAUCGAUCUGAGCAAGGUCCUCUUCAUCGCCACAGCAAACACCCUGGAUACCAUUCCUCCUCCACUUCUUGACCGCAUGGAGACCAUUCAGCUCUCAGGUUAUACCACGCUCGAGAAACGACAAAUCGCCAUUCGCCACCUCGUUCCCAAACAAAUCCAAACCAAUGGCCUCAAGCCAGAAAACGUCCUCAUGAAAGACGAAGUCGUCGACAAGAUCAUCACCGCCUACACGCGCGAGUCCGGAGUGCGCAAUCUCGAACGCGAAAUCGGAAGCGUUUGCCGCUCCAAAGCCGUCCAAUACGCCGAAGCGCGCGACACCAACACCUUACCCGCCUACACGCCUGUCGUCACAAUCGAAGAUCUCGAGGACAUGCUCGGAAUCGAAAGAUUCGAAGAAGAACUCGCAGCUCGAACUUCUCAACCCGGCGUCGUAACGGGUCUCGUAGCCUAUUCCUCAGGAACCCAAGGCAGCAUCCUCUUCAUCGAAAUCGCAGACAUGCCCGGCUCAGGCCGCGUCCAACUCACGGGCAAAUUGGGAGACGUGCUGAAAGAAUCCGUCGAAGUCGCAUUAUCGUGGGUGAAAUCGCACGCUUACGAGUUAGCUCUCACCCACGACCCCAACGAAGACAUAAUGAAGUCUCGCUCCAUCCACGUUCAUUGUCCCUCUGGCGCUAUUCCCAAAGACGGACCUUCCGCUGGUCUCGCCCACACUAUCGCCCUCAUAUCUCUGUUCAGCGGUAAAAGCGUUCCUCCCACCAUCGCUAUGACGGGCGAAGUCGCGCUUCGAGGGAAGGUGAUGCCUGUGGGCGGCAUCAAAGAGAAAUUGAUCGGGGCGCUCAGAGCUGGUGUUAAGAAAGUUUUAUUGCCAAAUCAAAAUCGGAAAGAUGUUAAGGAUUUGCCGCAGGAGGUUUUGGAGGGGUUGGAAAUUGUGCAUGUUGGGCAUAUUUGGGAGGCGCUUCCGCACAUUUGGCCGGAUGCUGAGUGGCCCGGGCAGAGGGGGUGGAGUGGAUUGGAAGGGAGGUUGUAGAUGGAGAGAAGAGAGGUUGUGACGAAGGAAGGAAGGGAGGGGGUUGUUACGUGUAUAUGAUUGACAUGUUCGGUUUUUACCUGUAGGUAUUUUGAGCGUAGUAUGAUAUUGUUUUCCUGUUGUGG